AUGGCUCUCCUUCACUGGCUCCUGGGCGCCGGGAUGCUGUCCCUGCUGCUGCCCGCCGUGAGCGGCUCUUUUUUCCGGGGACCGCUACACCCGGAGAUGUCCAACGGCACCUUCCACCACUACUUCGUGCCGGACGGCGACUACGAGGAGAACGACGACCCGGAGAAGUGCCAGAUGCUUUUCAAAAUGACCGACGAGCGAAAGUGCAGCCUGGACGAGGACCAGGACUCCGUCAUCCGGGACGACUUCACCAUCGUGAAGCGGCAGAUCGAGGACUCGGCCCGGGUCCUGGAGGGGGUGGGGAAGAGCAUCUCCUACGACCUGGACGGGGAGGAGAGCUACGGGAGGUACCUCCGCAGGGAGACGGCCCAGAUCAACGAGGCCUUCACCAACUCGGAGAAGUCCCUCCUGGAGCUGGAGGUGAAGUUCAAGCAGAGCCAGGAGAGCGAGCUGAAGGAGGAGCACCGGCUGGGGGACGACUUCCUCAACAUGAUGGUGCACACCCGGGACGUCCUGAAGGAGACGGUGGACAUCUCCCUGGGCCUUAAGGACAAGCACGAGCUGCUGACCCUCAUCAUCCGCAGCCACGGCUCCAGACUCAGCCGGCUGAGGAACGAGUACAUGAAGUUUUGA